AUGCACCGACCGAGUCAUCGACGUGCCGUGGCCCUGGCUCUGAGGACUGAUGGGGAUAAUACGGCUGAUAAUAUGGGUACCGACGGGGCACGAAUUGUCGAGAUCGGCGUCAGCGACGGCCAAUCGAACAUUGUUUAUCCUGUGGAAAGCGAUGGUAUCGCCCGUCUAUUAUCCGAUAUUGAAAUGGCGGCCGGCCCGGGCGCGCUACUCAUUUGCCGCGGACCAUACGAGUUGCGUCAGGUAAUCCACCCACUGUGCAUCCGUGAAGGCAUCACCCCUCCCUCCCUCUUCUUCGAAUAUGUAAAUAUGGGUCGGCUGGAUGAGGAUCCCCUCCCAAAUGCCCUCAUCGACGAGCUAGCAGCCCUAUCGAAGCGGAUAGCCGACAAAACUGAUGACGAAAUCGAGCCAGCCAUCGAGCGGAUAACCCUCGGCGUCGACACAGCCAUCUGCCGUGACGACGAGAAGGUAGAGGGCGAAGUGGUUGUUCGAGCACGAGGUCUUCCCUGGCAAGCAUCCGACAGCCAUGUCGCCCAGUUCUUCGCCGGCCUUAAUAUUGCACCUGGCGGCGUCGCAUUAUGCCUGUCAGCUGAAGGACGUCGAAAUGGUGAAGCCCUCGUCAGAUUUAUCAACCCCGAAAUGCGUGCCAUGGCCCUCAAGAGACAUCGGCACUUUUUGUUGUCAAGAUACAUCGAAGUCUACAGGGCAUCCGGCGACGAAUUCUUGCAGGUGGCAGCUGGCUGCUCCUCUGAAGCGAUGGUGUUCGUCAGCCGCGGCGCCCAGGUGAUCGUCCGGAUGCGCGGGCUGCCCUACGACUGCACCGAGCAACAGAUUAAAGACUUCUUCGCCUCGGAACCGGAGCCCUCGAUGCCGCUGGACAACGGCGUGAUGUUCGUCAGCCGUGCCGACGGUCGUCCGACUGGAGAUGCUUUUGUGCUGUUUGGAGAGGAGGAGGCCGGACAGAAGGCACUCAAGAAACACCGCCACACCAUCGGCGCCCGCUACAUCGAGCUGUUCAGGUCGACGACGGCUGAGGUUAACCAGGUUAUGAAGCGCUCGGCGGAGAUGUCUCCACCGGCCACGGGUACGCGACGCGACUGUGUCCGUCUACGCGGUCUCCCCUACGAAGCACGUGUCGAAGAUGUUGUCCACUUCCUCGCCGACCACUCCCGCAACAUCGUCUACCAGGGCGUGCACAUGGUCUUCAAUGCACAGGGCCACCCCUCCGGCGAGUGCUUCAUCCAGAUGAACUCCGAGCAGGCGGCCGCCGCCUGCGCCACCCAGGCCCACAACAAGUUCAUGACGGCUGGGCGCAAGAAUCGCUACAUUGAGGUGUUCCAAUGCUCCCCCGACGACAUGCACCUGGUGAUCAGCCCGCAGCAGCAGCCCCCAGCCACUGUUGCUCCAUCUCUCGUGCUCCCCCAAGUGCAGCCUCGUCUUCCCUUCCCGCACACCGUACCAUCUGCCAUGCAGCUGCCGUUUGGUGGCAUGUAUUGGCCAUAUCCAUCCCCUCCGGUCUCUCCGAAUAUGAUGUUGGGUGGUGGUGGACAAGUGCUCGUCACCGGAAUCACCCUCGGCAUCAGCCCCCAGGAGAUUGCCAACCAGUUCAGCACCGCCGAGAGUGUUGUUGAGGGAGUGCAGAUGUUGAGGUGGCCAACAGCCACGACGACGGGUGAGGCACUGCUGAGGAUGCGGUCGCUGACCGUUGCCGACGCGACGCCGCUGCUCUUCGACCCGGCGCAGUUCGGGCUGGCCGCACAGCAGGUCGCCCCGCUGUUUCCGCUCAUCCACACA